GACAGUUUAGUGUUGAAAUAAAUGUAUCAAUUAAAAAGCGAUACAAAAUUUGAUGAAUUUGAAGAGAAAUGUAUUGUAUAUAUCCAAGGUUUCAGAUAUUAUUUCUUACAGCAAUUCUUAGUCGAUUCAUACCAUUUGUAAAAGCUCAAAGCAUCAGACUUGCAAGUGGAUAUACAUCUGCGAUGGGUCGGGUGGAGAUCAUGUAUAACGGUACGUGGGGAACUGUUUGUGAUGACAACUGGGAUAACAGAGAUGCUGCUGUAGUAUGCUCAAUGCUAGGAUUUUCGAGGGACAAUUCGGUGUCCUUUAAAAAAGCUUUCUUUGGACCAGGAUAUGGACCAAUAUGGAUGGACCAGGUGGAAUGUUUAGGAACCGAGAAUAAUUUAUUUCAGUGUCCCAGAUCAGCUUUCGGUGAACAUGAUUGUGGUCAUGGCGAAGAUGCUGGAGUCGUCUGUUCAUUGGAUGCUAUUCGGCUUGUAAAUGGAUCGUUGCCGUAUGAGGGACGAGUAGAGAUUAAACAUAACGGUGUUUGGGGUACCGUAUGCGAUGACAACUGGGGUGAAAAAGAAGCAGCUGUUGUCUGUUCAAUGCUUGGUUUUCCAAGAAAUUCUGCAUCAGCCAAGUUAAAAGCAUUUUAUGGUCAAGGGAAUGGCAAAAUUUGGAUUGACGUAGUGUCAUGUCAUGGACAGGAAAACAGUAUCUUUCAAUGUAGUAUUCCAUCAUUAGGCGAACAUGAUUGUUCCCACAGUGAGGAUGCAGGAGUACUUUGUUCGCCUGUUCGACUUGUAAGUGGAUAUACAUCUUCGAUGGGUCGAGUGGAGAUAAUGUAUAACGGUACGUGGGGAACUGUAUGUGAUGACGAUUGGGAUGACAAAGAUGCUGCUGUUGUUUGUUCAGUUCUGGGAUUUCCAAGAGAAAAUGCCGUGGCAAAGAAAGGGGCUUUCUUUGGACCAGGAUAUGGACCAAUAUGGAUGGACCAGAUGAAAUGUACAGGAACAGAGGUUAAUUUGUUUCAGUGUCCUAAAGCAGAACUUGGCAAACAUAACUGUGGUCAUAGUGAAGAUUCGGGAGUUAUAUGCUCAUUAGAUACUAUCAGGCUUGUCAAUGGAUCUUUCCCAAAUGAGGGACGGAUAGAGAUUAAACAUAACGGUGUUUGGGGUACGGUAUGUGAUGAUGGAUGGGACAAAAAGGAUGCAGGAGUUGUCUGCGCAAUGCUUGGUUUUCAAAAAGAUUUUUCAUCAGCCAAAUCAAGUGCAUUUUAUGGAGAAGGACAAGGACAAAUUUGGAUUGACGAAGUGUCAUGUGUAGGAGAUGAAACUGAUAUCUUUGAAUGUAAAAGUGAAACAUUAGGCGAACAUGAUUGUUCCCACAGUGAGGAUGCAGGAGUACUUUGUUCGCCUGUUCCAGAUGAAAACAUUCGAAUGGUAAAUGGGUAUACAUCUUCGAUGGGCCGAGUGGAGGUAAUGUAUAACGGUACGUGGGGAACUGUUUGUGAUGACAACUGGGAUGACAAUGAUGCUGCUGUAGUAUGUUCCAUGCUAGGAUUUUCGAGGGAAAAUGCAGUGGCAAAGAGUGGGGCUUUCUUUAGACCAGGAUAUGGACAAAUAUGGAUGGACGAGGUUAAAUGUACAGGAACCGAGAUUAAUUUAUUUCAGUGUCCUAAAGCAGAUAUUGGCAAACAUAACUGUGGUCAUAAUGAAGAUUCGGGAGUUAUUUGCUCAUUACAUACUAUUCGGCUUGUCAAUGGAUCGCUGCCGUAUGAAGGACGCGUAGAGAUUAAGCAUAAUGGUAUUUGGGGAACGGUAUGUGAUGACGGAUUUGACAAAAAAGAUGCUGUUGUUAUCUGCUCAAUGCUUGGUUUUCCAAGAAGUAAUGCUUUUGCAAAAUCAAGUGCAUUUUAUGGACGAGGAAAUGGGAAAAUUUGGAUUGACGGGUUGUCAUGUGGUGGCCAUGAAAAUAAUAUCUUUGAAUGCGAAAGUGAAACAUUAGGUGAACAUGAUUGUUCCAACAGUGAGGAUGCGGGAGUACUUUGCUCACCUGUGCAAGACCUUCGACUUAAAGGUGGACAGAGUAGUACAAUGGGUAGAGUAGAGAUAAAGUAUAACGGUACGUGGGGAACUGUUUGCGAUAACAGAUGGGACGACGAUGCUGCUGCCGUUUUGUGCUCAAUGCUAGGAUUUUCAAGAGAAAAUGCAAAAUCGACGUCAUUUCCAUUCUUAGAAGCAGGAAAUAAAACUAUUUGGAUGACAGAUGUAAAUUGCAAGGGAACUGAAGACAAUUUAAUUCACUGUCAAAACUUAGGAAUCAGAAAACAUGAUUGUGACAAUGGUGAAGAUGCUGGGGUUGUUUGCUCACUAGAUAACAUAAGACUUGUCAAUGGAUCUACGCCACAUGAGGGCCGAGUAGAACUGAGGUUUAACGGUACGUGGGGAACUGUUUGUGAUGACGAGUGGGAUGACAAAGAUGCUGCUGUUCUUUGCUAUAUCCUUGGCUUUUCAAGGAAGAAUGCUUUAGCAAAAUCAUCAGCCAGGUAUGGUCCAGGAAAUGGCAAAAUAUGGAUUGAUAACGUUGAAUGUAGAGGAAAUGAAACAGAUAUAUUACAAUGUCAGAAGUCAGCCUUGGGGAAACAUGAUUGCUCACAUGCCGAGGACGCAGGAGUUGCUUGUUUUUUAGAUGUACAGCUUGUCAAUGGAUCUUCAGUCUUUGAAGGUCGGGUUGAAGUGAAAUUCAAUGGUGUGUGGGGAACUGUAUGUGACGAUGAUUGGGAUAACAAUGACGCUGCUGUUAUCUGUGGGAUGUUGGGGUUUUCAAGGAUAAAUGCAGUUGCAAAGAGGGAAGCUUUCUUCGGGGAAGGAAAAGGAAUAAUCUGGAUGGAUGACGUAGAAUGCAGUGAAUUUGACCGAAACAUAGCGUAUUGUAAAAAAUCAAAACUUGGGACUGAGAAUUGUGGACAUAGCGAGGAUGCUGGAGUUAUUUGUGCACCAGAAAAAAUCAGACUUGUUGAUGGAUCAUCGCCAACUGAAGGUCGAGUGGAGGUCAUGUAUAAAGGUGUUUGGGGAUCAAUUUGUUAUGACAGCUGGGACGAUAAAGACGCUGCUGUUGUCUGUUUAAUGCUUGGAUUUUCAAGAAAAGGAUCGACUGCAGAGUCCUCCCGAAUCGCUGGCCAGCAAGACAAUAUCGUUUGGAUGACAGACGUUAACUGCAGAGGAAGUGAAUUAGAUAUAUUUCAAUGUAGAUACUCAACAUUAGGAAGACAAAAGUGUAGUCAAAACUAUUACGCAGCAGUCAAUUGUACACAAGAUAAAAUAAAACUGGUAGGUGGUCAGACACCAGCAGAAGGACUAGUGAAGGUUUUCUAUAACGGUUCAUGGGGAACAGUUUGCAACGACGGAUGGGAUGAUAGAGAUGCUGCUGCCGUGUGCUUCAUGCUGGGAUUCUUAAGAGAGAAUGCUACCGCCUUUACAUCUUCUGUAUUUGGGUACGAAACUGGAAAGAUCUUGAUGAAUGAUGUCAAGUGCAAUGGUGAUGAGGUGGAUUUGUUUCAUUGUAACUUUACACUUUUGGAUAUCAAAAAUUGCUACCACAGUAAAGACGCUGGAGUAAUUUGUGCAGCAGAUUUGGAAAAAGAUUCGAUAAAUUCUUUUGAAAAUUCUGUUUCAAAAGAUAAAGACAUUACGCGCACCAUAGUUGUCUCAGCUUCUGUGGCCGGAGUUGUGGUGUUUGUUGUUUUUGUGAUCAUGAUAGCUUCCAAAGAAAGGGGGAACAAAAACAGACGAAAUAAUGAGGCAAAUGUAACAAAUGGGGAUGCUCUCGAAAACCCCUCUUACAAUAUCCCCCUUUAUGGGAACAUUGAUAAUUCAGAGCAAAAUAAAGCAGCUCACACGUUGUGCAAGGCGGAUGAUUCAGAUGGAGACUAUGAAGCUAUUUUGGGAACUUGUGCCGAUGACGAUAUUUAUACAACGAUUAUUUAAGUUUACUAUCCCUAAGAUAUAUUUCUUUUUUUUUUAUUCUUCCUUACAAAUACAUGCUAUUUUACAUAUUUUAGUUCAAAGUUAACCUUUAUGUUAACUGUACUCAUUUCUAUAGUAAUUUUUCCUCUUCGAUCAAGUAAUUGUCGAUCUUGGAGUGUCUCAAUAAAGUCAUGGAGAAUAACAAAACAAUCCUUAGUUUAACCGUCAUAAAAAUAUUUUCCUUCGAAUAUAUACGUUAGAGUCAGUUUUGGAUUGGAUACUAUAAGUUUAAACUAUUAAGGGUCACUAAGAACCAAAGAAUGAUGGAGAAAAGUAUGAUUCGUGAAUUUAAAUCAUGUAAAUCAUUCAUUGGAAUUAUUAUGUGUAUGGGUGGGUGUUAGGGUGUUUUUGUCGUGUAUACAAGUGUGUGCAGGAGAGGUUAUGUAAAUUGAGGGUGUGUAUUUUAUAGAUUUUUAUACUGAAAAUCAAAACUUCCUAUUUUUCAUAUAUGAAAUCUUCAAUUAAAUAAACAUCUAACCAUAAGACA